UUUUGACAACCUCGCAAAAACUCAGCUUUGUUUUGUCAAAAAAUUUUAAUUUCUAUUAUCUAAAUUGAGAAUUCUACAUAAAACUAAAAGUUACUAAAACUUCGAAAAAUUAACAUGCAACAAAAUGGCACUGAAAAGUCUCUCUCACCGCACGAAGAAUCACAAUACCUGAACCUUGUGAAGACGAUAAUUGAGAAAGGUGACAAAAGAAUUGAUAGAACCGGAGUUGGUACUCUGUCCAUACUUGGUGCUAUGCAGAGAUACUCUCUGAAUAACAAUAUAUUGCCUCUUCUGACCACGAAACGCGUUUUUGCAAGAGGAGUUAUCGAAGAGCUACUGUGGAUGAUAUCUGGAUCUACAAAUAGCAAAGUUUUAGCCAGUAAGGGUGUACAUAUUUGGGAUUCUAAUGGAUCCAGGGCAUUUCUUGAUAAAUUAGGAUUCACUGAGCGUGAAGAAGGUGACCUUGGACCAGUUUACGGGUUUCAGUGGAGGCAUAGUGGAGCAAAAUAUAUUGAUGCAAAGACAGACUAUACUGGGCAAGGAAUUGAUCAGCUUCAAAAUGUUAUUGACACUAUCAAAAAUAAUCCCAGUGACAGAAGGAUAUUGAUGUGCGCAUGGAACCCGUCAGAUCUUAGUAAGAUGGCCCUACCUCCUUGUCACUGCCUGGCACAGUUCCAUGUAGCCAAUGGUAAACUCUCCUGCUUGCUGUACCAAAGGAGUGCUGAUAUGGGCUUAGGAGUACCAUUCAAUAUUGCUAGUUAUGCUCUGUUAACGCAUAUGAUUGCACAUAUUACCAAUUUGGAGGCAGGUGAGUUUGUACAUACCACAGGAGACACCCACGUAUACCUCAACCACAUUGAACCAUUGAAAAAACAAUUAGAGAGGGAACCAAGACCCUUCCCAACUUUAGAAUUUGCUCGCAAUAUUGACUCCAUUGAUGACUUCAAGUAUGAAGAUUUUAUUAUUAAAAACUAUAACCCUUAUCCAAAGAUUGAUAUGGAAAUGGCUGUAUAAUGUACAUUGAUUUCUUAAGGGACCAAGAGACAGUUAAGUCUACUAUAGCAUAAACUGAAGCUGUGAUUGAUCAACACACAUUGGGUCUUUUAAAUAUUGGUUAGAAGCUGGUGUUAUACAAAGUUUAUGCUCACUGCAUGUUAACUCUGUGCAUAAACUUUCAGUUACCUCUAAAACAUAAUAUAAUUACAUACAAUCCACGGAAAGCACAGAUAACUAAUAUUUUUUAAUUUUAGAAAAUAAGCUACAGUUCAUUGUAUCUAUUUGUAAUUCAUUGUUUAUUAAUAACGCAUGCUUCUAUCCCAGUAUCAAUGUUUCAUGCUAUUAUACAUAAUUGUAUAGCUGACCAGUAUUGUAUGGUAAUUUUUUUAAAGUAUUGAAGUAAUCUUUUUUUUUUUUAAAU